UCCUGAGACAGGAGUAUUUAAUUCUUAAACGCCAACAAAUCCUUCACUGUUUUUUCCGGCCUUCAAUUCUCUUUGUAUACUUCAAUGUUGCUCUUUUUCUUUCCCAAUUUGACUCUUUCUUCUCACCAUUAAUACUCUCAAAAUUUCUCUUAUCAAAGAAAAUAUUUUGUUGGAGUCUUGUAGAUAGCAGUGAUGAUUACUAGCAUGAGUUUAAAAUCCAAUCUUUGUGCUACCCCAUGUGGUGGAAGACAUGGGGUUUCCCAUUUUUGGUCUCAAAAGCAAUUGGUAACAAUUCUUGUUUCUAAAAGUAGAAGACUUGGUCGAGUUUACUGCCACUCUAAGACGGCAGAAGUGGAAAUCAGGAAGUGCUCGCCUUUUCUAGAAAGUGAAUUAUUGUCCGGUAAUGGUAUGCUUCCCUCGACGGAGUGGAGAACUGUUCCCGACAUUUGGCGGAGUUCGGCAGAGAAAUUUGGUGAUCAUGUAGCAGUCAUCGACCCGUAUCAUGAUCCUCCUACAAGCAUGACUUAUAAACAGCUUGAUCAGGAAAUUGUGGAUUUCUCUGAAGGAUUGAGAGUUAUUGGGUUAAAGCCAAAUGAAAAGAUUGCACUCUUUGCUGAUAAUUCAUGUCGAUGGCUAGUUGCAGAUCAAGGUAUGAUGGCAAGUGGGGCUAUCAACGUUGUAAGGGGUUCAAGGUCAUCAAUUGAAGAGCUAUUGCAAUUAUACAGCCACUCUGAAAGUGUCGCUCUUGCUAUUGACAAUCCUGAGAUGUACAACCGGAUUGCAGACACCUUUGAGUCCCACGCAGCUGUACGAUUUGUUAUUUUACUUUGGGGAGAGAAAUCAAGCCUUGUAAGAGAAGCCAUGCAGGGAUAUCCUGUAUAUACUUAUAAGGAGAUUAUAGAAUUGGGUCACAAGAGUCGUGUGGAUCUACUUGAUUCUGAAGAUGCCAGGAAACAAUAUUCAUAUGAAGCAAUCAACUCUGAUGACGUGGCUACAAUUGUUUAUACCAGUGGAACCACCGGUAAUCCAAAAGGUGUCAUGCUUACGCAUAAAAAUCUGCUUCACCAGAUUUUGAACUUGGGGGAGAUUGUACCUGCUGUACCUGGGGACAGAUUUCUAAGUAUGCUUCCGCCUUGGCAUGCAUAUGAACGUGCUUGUGAAUAUUUCAUAUUCACAUAUGGAACAGAGCAAGUGUACACAACCGUAAAGAAUUUAAAGGAAGAUUUGCGGUAUUAUCAGCCACAUUAUUUGAUAAGUGUUCCUCUAGUGUAUGAGACAUUAUACAGUGGAAUUCUAAAGCAGAUCAAUUCUAACUCUGCUGCUCGUAAACUCAUUGCCCAAUUAUUUUUAAGGAUCAGUAUGGCUUACAUGGAGGCGAAAAGGAUUUAUGAGGGGAAAUGUUUAACGAAGGACACGAAGCAACCUUCAUAUAUUGUAUCAUUGCUUGACUGGUUGUGGGCCAGAACUAUUGCUGCUAUACUAUGGCCAUUGCAUAUGCUGGCGAAGAAAAUCGUUUACAGUAAAAUACACUCAAGCAUUGGUAUUUCAAAGGCUGGCGUAAGUGGAGGCGGUAGUCUUUCUUCACAUGUUGACAAAUUCUUUGAAGCAAUUGGCAUAAAGAUUCAGAAUGGAUAUGGCUUGACAGAGUCAGCUCCUGUGAUUGCUGCCCGGCGUCUGACGUGUAACGUGCUUGGCUCAAUUGGGCAUUCCAUUCGGCAUGUAGAAGUAAAAGUUGUAAAUUCUGAAACCGAUGAAGUCCUUCCUCCAGGCUCAAAAGGCAUUGUCAAAGCCAGAGGGCCACUAAUAAUGAAGGGGUACUAUAAGAAUCCAGUGGCAACGAAACAAGCUAUCGAUGAGAAUGGAUGGCUGAACACUGGUGAUCUUGGCUGGAUUGUGCCUGAUCACUCUGUAGGGCGAAGUCGCAAUUGCAGGGGUGUCAUAGUCCUUGAAGGCCGUGCAAAGGAUACCAUAGUCCUUUCAACUGGUGAGAAUAUUGAACCAUCAGAGAUUGAAGAAGCAGCAAAGGGAAGUAGUCUGAUCCAGCAGAUUGUUGUCAUUGGCCAGGAUCAACGGCGUCCUGGAGCUAUAAUUGUACCAAAUAAGGAAGAGGUUCUGUUAGCAGCUAAAAGAUCAGCUAUUGUAGAUUCUGAAACCACUGAAGUUAGCAAAGAAAAAGCAGCUGCCCUAUUACACGAGGAGUUAAGUAAAUGGACUUCAGGUUGCUCGUUUCAAGUUGGACCUAUUCUUAUUGUUGAUGAACCUUUCACGAUUGAUAGUGGCUUACUAACACCAACCAUGAAGAUUAAGAGAGACAGAGUUGCAGCCCUUUACAAAGAUCAAAUUGACAACUUGUACAAAUGAUUCCUGUCUCUAGAAUCCUCUCAUUUUUUAACAAUGAAAGCUGCAAGAUCUGCAAAGUGUAGAUUUACAGAUUGCUUUCGUUCGAAAAACCUGUGUUUGUAAUAUAUAGAGGUCGAAAUUGAAUACAUCUAAUUGAACUUCGUGUAUUACAUAUAUGAGGACGUAAAAGUUGUAAAUGAAGGCAUAUUAACUACUUUUGUACCACAAACUUAUUCAAUAAGCAUGUAGUCACAUUUUUCUCCUGCAAAAAUCCAGAUUUCAUUUUGGGAGA